UUCACCAUAUUCACAUAUAUGAAUUGAUCAGAUCAAAUUAUUCAGAUUAUAAAGGAAAAAGAAAAAAAUUAGUGAAUUUUGACUGGAUUGUUCUUGGAUCCAACUUUUUGGAGAUUACAGAGAAAGAAAGAUUGAUUUGAAAAUACACAAUACGAAUAAUCGCGAUGGGUUUCAAGAUAUUUGUGGUGGCGAUGAUGGUGGGUUUCAUCGCAGCGGCUCAGAUUUCAUUAGCAUCCACCGUGCCUGCUUUUCUAUGGGCUCCUGGUUUCUCUAGCGUUGAAUCGAAGGAAUCUGUAAAUUAUCAGAUCAUGUCUCCAAAGGAUCUAGCUAACUCUGUUCUUUCUCAAGGGGGAUGGUCUGACUUACUGUGCUCCGAGAGGAAAAAUGAGCGCCCUGUUGAUCUCGCCGUUGUUUUUGUUGGUAGAGAGUUGCACUCUUCAGAUGUUGCAGGGAACAAACAUGCAGAUCCGACUCUUUUGAACUUGCUUAAGGACUCUUUUACCAAGUCCAACUUCUCAAUGGCGUUUCCAUAUGUAGCUACUUCUGAGGAGGAAACAAUGGAGAAUUUGUUGGUUUCAAGUUUUAAGGAAGCCUGUGGGAACGGUUUGGGAGUUGCUAAUGUUGCAUUUUUGGAAUCGUGCUCUAUAGAGGGUGGAGAUUUCCAGAAACUUGCAAACUUGCAUUCGGUCCAUGAUCAUCUAGUUUCGAGGAUGGAAAAGAGAACAAAGGGGGAGACUGAUCUGGUUGUCCUAUGCCAUGGAGGCUUUCAGUCUCUGAAAGAGCUUGACCAACCAUUCCCAGAGAGUGAGAUUUUGACUGAAGUCAUGAGUUCUGUGGAGCAAUCUGGGGCAAAAUAUGCAGCCCUUUAUGUUUCCGAUCCUUUUAAGUCCAUCCACUAUCCCGGUUAUAGAGAGCUCGAAAGGUUUCUUGCUGAUGAUACUGCAAAGAAUGGUUCAGCCAGUCCCAAAGUCUGCGAUGAGGUUUGCCAGCUAAAAUCAUCACUCCUUGAGGGAGUUUUAGUUGGAAUUGUGUUGCUUUUAAUCUUAGUAUCAGGCCUUUGCUGCAUGAUGGGCAUUGAUACUCCAACAAGAUUCGAGGCACCCCAAGAAAAUUGAUCUGUCUGUUUGGUACUACCUAGCAUCUUUAUGUUGUAAUAAGGCUUCUGUCCUUAUGGUAUCUACGAAUUGGUUCUUUGAAACUGCACAAGAUCAGCCAUGACCUGAAACAAGCACCACAAGCCUGGCAUCUAGAGCUAAGUAGUUUCCUUCUGCAAUAUGAUUAAGAACUCAGUUCCAUAUGUUUGUUUAUUCAUCUAUGUUAAGGAUUCCAUCCAAAUUUUAUUUCUUGGUUUAUGUGAAUUAUCUUGUAGUCCUAGGAAGUAAUAAUAAUAAUAUGAUGUUCAGUCUUUUCUGGCAACAA